AUGUUCACAAGCUCAAACACUAUAAUGAGAACCACACAUUUGCCUGAUCUAUCCUUGCAGAUUAGCCCACCAUCGGUUUCAGAUUGUAAGGCUGAGGACGAUGGGUUAUCAGGAAAAUCAAUCUAUAGUGAUAGGAACUCAACGACUGAUUCUGGCAGUAGCGGAAGCGACUUGAGCCAUGAAUAUGGAUACAGUAAUCCAGGUCCCGCAGAGCCAACGUUGAGCUUAGGGUUUGAAAUGACAGAUUUGGGUCCUCCCCAUUUGCAGCUAGGAAGAAACCUUAAUCAUCACCAGCAUCAAUAUCAGCCUCACAUCUAUGGUCGUGAUUUCAAGAGAAAUGCAAGAAUGGUCAAUGGAGUGAAAAGAAGCAUCAGAGCUCCCAGAAUGAGAUGGACUACAACACUCCAUGCUCAUUUUGUUCAUGCAGUCCAGCUUCUUGGAGGCCAUGAAAGAGCAACACCAAAAUCUGUCUUAGAGUUGAUGAAUGUCAAGGAUCUAACCCUAGCUCACGUGAAGAGUCACUUGCAGAUGUAUAGAACAGUGAAGAGCACUGACAAAGGAUCAGGUCAAGGGCAGACAGACAUGAGUUUGAACCAAAGGACAGGGAUUGUUGAUUUGGAUGGAAGACUGUCUUCUCUCAAACCAUCACCAACCUCACUACAACCAACACCACAAAGGACCCAAAGCGGUUCAUGGCUAUCCUCAACGGAGGCAAAUAAUUUGAGCAUAUCAAGCCAUGGAAAUGGCUCGACUUUUAAGCCAAAUGAUGCCAAGGCGGAUGUAGACAAGCCAGUGCUUCAUCUGUCGGAUCGAACUAAGCAAAAAUUAGAUUCUAACUCUUUGCCACCUUCAGACAUGUUCCUUAACCUAGAAUUCACCCUCUGAAGGCCAAGCUGCCAAAUGGACUAUGCCGAAUCUUCAAAUGUUAACGCUCCUCAAUUGUAAGACACCAUAAAACCAGUUAAUAUAACGUUUUUUAGAGUGAAUUCGGGGGAAAAUAUCUAACUUGCACGAAUUGAUUGUUCCUUGUUUUCUCAAUUUUUUCUGGAAUGAAAAAAAAAAGUAGUAGAAACUAGAAAGUGAUCUGACUCAGAUCAGAUAUGAAA